AUGGACCCCGAGUUGCAGGAGUUGGCGAAGGAAAUCGAGCAGAGCACACAGUCAAAGCGAGCAACUUACGCAACUCGUGCAUGUCUCGAAUGCAAGCGACGGAAAAUCAAAUGUGAUGGUCAGAAGCCGUGUCGCAGGUGCGCCACUCAGGAGGCGCCAUGCAUCUAUCAACAAGCCAAUCGACGCGGACGGAAAGAGUCCGCCAGGCCCAAGUGGUUGAACAAGACCUCCGGGUCAACGUUUGACAAGUUCCAUGGUCUUUAUAACCAGGUCAUUCCAAUCAGCGGGGUUAGUGGUGACGAGCCUCUGCCUCCUAGUGCGCCUGUGGAGCAGAGCAGCCAUACGGAAUCCCCCACUCAGACAUAUACGGGCGAUGAGACAACGCCAUAUCGAGCACCGGAACACCAAUCCCCCAGCUUUUAUGGCCCGUCCAGCUCGGAAUUCACUUUGAGUGUCGUUAGCGGCAACCUCAAGGCCAUGGGUCUCAACGCCGUCAUCAACGAUGCUUCCACCCCGGAGGAUGCUGUAUCACGGCAGUUCUCUUUCGAGCCUGCUCAGUAUGGUCCGUUCAUGAAGAUGCUCACAAUGGAUCCACUUUGGGACAUCAAAAGAGCGGACGCACUUCGUUUGAUCUGCGACUUCUGCCGAGGCCCUGGUUCGACGUAUCCAAUAUUCGACCACCAUACAAUGAUGAAUAUAGCCAACCGAGUAUUCGGCUCUCUCGAAUCGGCUCAAGGGGGUAAGUUGAAGGAAAGAGGUCUAGCUGCUGCGGAAGCCAUCUUCAACGCGCAUACGAAUAAGUUGAAGGUCGUUAUUGCAAUUGGACGAACGCUCGAGAGUGGUGGACGUAGCGACCAGGCGCAAAGACUGUUCCAGAGCGUGACGGAGGCUGUAGAAGGCCUUCUCUGGAACUCUGAUGGGAUCUGUGGAAUUCAGUUACUGGUUCUUGUGGCCUUAUACUAUUAUCACCUUGAUGACCAGGUGCGGACCUUUCGAAUCAUAGGGUUCGCAGCAAGACACUGUCUAGAGAUGGGCUUGCACCGGAGGGAAACCAUCCUCAAGACCUUUCGAGACGAAAGUGAUCGCAUGAUUGCACUGAGAGUCCUAUGGUCGGUAUACACAUUGGAACGGAGGACGAGUCUCAGCCAAGGAGUUCCGUACUCCAUCCAAGACUCUCAUAUUGACCCUUCUUUGUAUACAAUGUACCAGGACAUAUCAAAUCCGUUCCUAUCCAACAUGGUGGAAUGGACGCAACUCGCGGGCAAAGCCUGGCAAAUCCUCAACAACCAAUGCGAGAAGGCGUCGGUGAUAUCCAAAGAUGAAAUCGACUUCCUCGACUACCAGAUCCUGCGAUGGUACAACCAAGUCCCGGACGAACUGCAACUCUCGUACGUUCGAGCCAACAUCCAGCUCCCCGACGAAGACUCAUAUCAAGAUCCUCUCUACCUUCCGACAAUCCUGUACAUCCGGCAGAACUACCUCCGCAACCUGAUCUACCGGCCGAUACUGCAGUCAUCGACGAGGAUCCGCGAGAACGAACGGUAUGCACAUGUGGCGGCGGACGUGGCCAAGAGCUCCAUCGCCACCAUGUGGCAACUGAACCAGACGACCAACCUGAUUGGAACGCACCCGAUCGUCUUCAAGCAUUUCGUCCUCAGCUCGUUCGGCAACCUCUCGCUGCUGGUCGUCAACGCCACCAGCCAAUUCUGGACGAUCGUGCGCGACGAGUUCCACCUCGCAUUGAAGCUGAUCCGCCUGCUGAGCACGCGCUCGGGGCCCCUGAUGCGCCUGUGGAAACGGCUACAGGGGCUCGAGGAACUGCAGUCCAAGAUCACCUCGGCGGCGACGCUGGCGACGACCGCACAGGCCAGCCUCCCGCGCCAGAUGACCAUCCCCAAGGACAGCAGCCAGCAGUCCGACGACUUCAGAAUGGAGUUUCCCGACUUCAGCGACCCGACGCCCGGGAGUAAUUCCAUGACGUCGGCGUUUGAGGGCUCGUAUAUCAGAGACGAGUUUGCGGGCUUGUUCGACCAGGCCGCGGACUCGGACUCGUUCUUCGAUUUUCCUUUCACGGAGUUCGGGAAAUGA